AAGCAAAAUAAAAAAAAUAACCACCAUAAUAAAUACUUUAAAACAACUCAAAUGAUUAAUCAUCAUCAGAUGAUACAGAUGAUGAAUAAAUAUUAUCUAAAAUAGGAAGGGUACCUUGGAAAUGGUACGAAAAUCAUAAGCAUAUGGGCUAUGAUGCAGAUUUAAAAUAAGUAUAAAAACUAUCUUAAGGUAAAAUUUAUAAAGAUUAAAUUGUUAGUAUUUUAAAUAAAAAAAAAAGAUGAUAAGAUAGAGGAGUUUAUAAAAAAAGCUGAAAAUCCUAACUGGUGGCGUAUAAUAAAAGACGAACUUAAUUAAAAAGAAAUAGUUUUAACAGAUGAACAGUUAAAUUUAAUUGAAAGAAUUAGAAAAGGAAAAUUUGCAUCAAAAACCAUAGCUUAAACAGACGUAAAAAAUUAAUAAAAUAUAAAUUAAAAAAAAAAUAGUAUUCAGUAGAAUAUGAAUGGAAUGAUCCCUUUCCAUUAAACUUUAACCCUCCAACAAAAAAGAAUUUUAUGCCCUCUAAAAACGAAAGAAUUAAAAUUAAUAAAUUCAUGCAAGCAAUAUAAUUUGGUAGAAUAGACCUAACUAGAUAUCUUCCUUAACCUGAAAAAGUUGAAUCUGAAGACGAGAUUCCUUUAUAUGACGUAUGGGAAAAUGAUAAACCUGAUGAAAUUUAAAAGAAUCUUCCUCCAGCAAUAUCAGCCCCGAAAUUAAAACUACCUGGACAUAAUGAAUCAUAUAAUCCACCAGAAGAAUAUUUAAUGACUGAAAAAGAAAAAAAAGAAUGGUUGCAAACUCCUCCAGAAGAGCGUGAAAUAUCAUUUAUACCAUAAAAAUAUGAUUGUCUAAGACAUAUAUCUUUUUAUCAUAAUCUAAUACAAGAAAGAUUUGAAAGACAAUUAGAUUUGUAUUUAUGUCCCAGAAUCCGUAAGAAAAAACUUGAUAUAGAUCCUGAAUCAUUAGUACCAACACUUCCUAAGCCCAAAGAAUUGCGUCCAUAUCCCACAACAUUAAACAUGUAAUACAAGGGACAUAAAAGUAGAGUUAGGGGUAUUUCUAUUAAUUCAAAUGGACAAUAUUUGGCUUCAGCAGAAGAAAAAGGAUAAGUUUUUAUAUGGGAAGUAUCCACAGGAAGAAUUGUUUGGAAGCAUUAGUUUGAAGGAAUUUGCUAUUCUAUAUAAUUUUAGCCUUAAUAAGAUAUGCUUAUAAUCGCUUGUGCCGAAAGUAUAUAUCUAUUUAAUAUAAAGAAAAUCCUUCCUAGCAAAAAAUACCAAGAAAACGAAGAGAGUAUAGAAACUGCACAAAAAGAACAUAAACUUGAUAUUGAACCUUAAUUAAAGUGGGACUUCGAAGAAUUAGGAAAAGAUGACUUGAAAAUAAAAAUAACUUUCAAUGACGAAAUUAAAUAAGUCUCCUUCCACGAAAAAGGUGAUUAUUUCUGCACAGUAGCCCCCAAAGCAAACAAAAGAAAUGAGCAAAUAUUCAUUCAUGCAAUUUCAAAAGGAAACUCAACUAAACCUUUCACCAAAAGUAAAGGAGAUGUUGAAAAAGUAUCUUUUCAUCCUUCUAAGCCUAUUAUUUUUAUUAUGACUAAGAAACACGUUUUUGUCUUUAAUUUAUAAAAACAAUAAACAAUGAAAAAAUUACUCACAGGAGCUUAAUGGAAUUCAUGUAUUGAUGUUCAUCCUUAUGGAGAUAAUGUUAUUGUAGGAUCAUUUGAUAAAAAAGUUACUUGGUUUGAUCUUGAUUUAGGAAAUACUCCUUAUAAAAAUCUUAAAUAUCAUGAAAAAGGUGUUAGAUAAGUAAGCUUUAGUAAAAAAUAUCCCUUAAUGGCCUCCAGCUCUGAUGAUGGUACAAUUAAUAUUUUCCAUGCAAAAGUUUACUCUGAUUCUUUCGAAAAUGCUCUUAUUAUUCCUUUGAAAGUAUUAAAAGGACAUAAUAUACAUAACAGUUUAGGUGUACUCGAUAUUAUUUUUCAUCCUAAUUAGCCUUGGAUUUUUUCUGCAGGAGCAGAUCAUCGUAUAUUCUUAUGGACAUGA